CAGGAGAAGAGACCAGUAUAACCCAGCAAAGGAUACCACACAGGGAGAGAAACCAGUAUAAUCCAGAAAGGAAACCAGUAAAAUACAUUAAGGAGACCAGCUCAGACAGAGACCCCCGACUUUUUCCCGCACGGACCCUGCUCAUACCGAUGGCUCUGCCGGGAAGCUGCCCCGUUCUUGCCGCCGUUCUCCUUCUCGCGGCCGCCGCUCUGCCGGAGCAGGUGUUGGGCUCCUGCCCCUCCGUCUGCCGCUGCCCCCUAGCGGUGCCCCAGUGUGCCCCCGGGGUCGGGCUUGUCCUGGAUGGAUGCGGCUGCUGCAAGGUGUGCGCUGGGCAGCUCAACGACGACUGCAGCUCCAGCCAACCAUGCGACCACACCAAGGGGCUGGAGUGCAACUUCGGGGCCAGCCCUAGGGCCACCAAGGGAAUCUGCAGAGCCAAGUCGGAGGGCAGACCCUGCGAGUACAACUCCCGGAUCUACCAGAAUGGGGAGAGCUUCCAGCCCAACUGCAAGCACCAGUGCACGUGCAUCGACGGGGCCGUCGGCUGCCUCCCUCUGUGCCCCCAAGAACUUUCGCUGCCCAACCUGGGCUGCCCCAACCCUCGCCUCGUUAAGGUGCCCGGUCAGUGCUGCGAGGAGUGGGUGUGCGACUCGGCCAAGGAAACCAUGCAGGAGCUGGACGACUUCUUCAAUAAGGGGUUGGGACUGGACCCUAGCGAGGGAGACCUCACCAGCAAGAACGAACUGGUGGCCUUCGUCAAAGGAGGAUUAAAGAUGUUACCAGUAUUUGCGUCCGACCCCCAAAGUCAUACGGUUGACAGUCAGAAGUGUAUCAUUCAGACCACGUCCUGGUCUCAGUGCUCAAAGACCUGCGGGAAGGGCAUCUCCACCAGAGUCACCAAUGACAACAGUAACUGCCGGCUGGUGAGGGAGUCUCGUAUCUGCGAGGUCCGGCCAUGCGAGCAGCUGAGCUACGCAAGUCUAAAGAAGGGAAAGAAAUGCACGAAAACAAAGAGGUCUCACGCUCCAGUGAGGUACACAUACGCCGGCUGCUCCAGCAUGAAGAAAUACCGUCCUAAAUACUGCGGGUCGUGCGUUGAUGGACGGUGCUGCACCCCCCAGGAGACAAAGACCGUUAAGAUCAGAUUCCGCUGCGAGGACGGGGAGACCUUCUCCAAAAAUGUCAUGAUGAUCCAGACCUGCAGGUGCAACUACAACUGCCCCCACGCCAACGAGGCUUACCCCUAUUACAGAUUAUCCAAUGAUAUCCACAAAUUCCGAGACUAAACCCACGGUCCCGCUCGGAGCGGGGCCCGGCGCCUUAACACGAGGAACUUAACUCUAAGGAUGUUACUGUUGUGGAAGCUCUGCUCCCCCUAUGGACGUUUUGGGGUACUGCGGCCGUGACAUCUGGACUGAGAAUUUACUGCUUCAUAGUACUGGAGCCAACGAUUCGCUUCGUUUUCGGAGCAUUUUUAUAAUAUUUUCAUGUUUUUGUUAGUAAAUUAUGUGUUGUUAAGAGCUAUUCCUACGCCGGCGAGAGUCAGUUCCACGUCACGCUCCUUCCUGGCGGAGCGAACGCCUGUGGCAGCUACUACAGUCCUGCAAGCCUGCGUGGCUCUUUACUCCCUAAUGAAAUGUCGUUUUAUUUAUCAAAAGGUAGCGUUUGUGUUAAAUGUAAUACUGGAAUAAAUUGUAAAUUGAUUUAAUUUUGAUAUUCAAUGAACUGAAGAAUUUAUUUAUGGAAUAAUCAAUUAAUAAAAAAUAUUUACCUAUUUUUAUAUAUUA